CAGACAUGGAUUUCGGCCUGGUGGAUGAAGAGUCGGCCACGGAGCUGCGCAGCUACCAGAUCUCCUUCGUGGUGCGCAGCCGCUGCCCCUCGAUUGGCCGCACCUUGCAUGAGCUGGGCCUGCCUCGCAUGCCGGAGGUCCAGGUGUUGGAGCUGUGGCGCGCCGGUCAGGUGGUCCCAGAAGGAUUGCGCACCCCGCUGCUCCACAAGGACAUAGUGAAGGUGACUGCGACCGCCGCCAGCGUGGCGCGGCUGCGGCGGGCCUACGACGGCCUGGAGCCGGCGGUGCACCGGGAUUUGGAGAUCCUGGGCGCCCGGCGGCGGCACCGCCGCCUCUUCGAGGCGGUGGUGGCGCCCAAGUCUCAGCUGGCUGAGGCGCCGCUGGCGCGGCAGAAGGAGCGCAUGCUGCGCCUGGGCGCGGUGAUUCUGGCCGUGCGGCGGCCAGGCGGCACUCCGAAGGAGGCGGCGGGCGCCGGGGACGUGCUACUGCUGGAGGCGCUGCCUGGGUGCCUGGAGGCCGCCGGAGACUUCACGCUGGUGGCGCCCGUGGAGGCAUCCAAGCCACCGCGCGCGGGCAAAACCCAGGACCGGCUCCGCGGACUGCUCUGCCUCCUGGGCUUCCUGGCCGUGAUCCUACUGAAUGGGGGUCACCUGGUCCCCCUGGCCACUGCAGUGCUGGUCCUGGACUUCCUCUGCUGCUUUUCGAAGGUGCUGGGCUGGAAGGAAGCCAUGCGCUCCGUGAACGGCAGCGUGAUCUUGACGAUUGCCGCCUCCUUCGGCAUCUCCACUGCGUUGACACAGACGGGGGCUGCGUCGGCCUUGGCCAAUGCCCUGCUGCAUGUGGGACUCCACUACGGGCCUUUUGGUGUGCUUUGCAUGGUCUAUGCUGGCACAGCCUUGCUGACCAACAUCAUCAGCAACACUGCCACCUGUGUGAUGAUGAUCCCCGUGGCGUCUCAUGUGUCACACCAGCUUCAGGCAACAGACUGCCCCUGCCCCUUCAACGAGAAAACCUUGCUCAUAUUGGUCAUACUUGCGUCCAACUCUGCUUUUGCAACACCUUUGGGAUCUCCUUGCAACAUUCUAGUGGUGGAUGCCGGCGAUUACAGCUUUAGCGAUUUCUUACGUUUCGGAGGCGUGCUGCAGUUGAUGAUGAUGGUGGCGACCUGCUGCUUGCUGUAUGCCUACCCGUGUGCAUAGUUUCCCGCCGGGCGGCUCCUUUGCCGGCUGCGCUUUGAAUCAGCCGAGACCAAGUGAGUCAAUAGCCCUGUCCAG